CUUGAUCGACAUGAUAUUCCAUGACUGUCUGUUUGAAAUACCAGUAAUGAAACAUUCAGGAUCAACAUGUCUACCACCAAAAUGUAAACUCGAUCUCUCCCGUAACACUGCAAUGGAACUUUUAUAUGAAUUAACAAAAGACUGUCCAGAAAACUUUUCUUAUUUAACAGAAUUACUUCUACAACAACUUGAUCGUGGUAAUCAACUAAACAAUCAGUGGAACUAUUGUCCAAAGGCAUCGCAAAAGGCUGUAUCAGGUUACGUAGGAUUACAGAAUCUUGGUGCCACUUGCUACAUAAAUUCAAUAGUACAGCAAUUUUUCAUGAAUCCGUCUUUCCGUGAUGGCAUAUUCAUGGCACCCGUGAAAGAUGAGAACAAAGAUGAUAGUCUGCUAUAUCAGUUGCAAGUGGUUUUUGGGCAUCUACAAGAAAGUUCAAAGAAAGCAUAUGAAGCAAUGCCUUUCUGUCGUGCAUAUAAGGACUAUGAUGGACAACCUCUCAAUGUUGCCGUACAGAUGGAUGUUGAUGAAUAUUUUGCUGGAUUAUUUGACCGAUUGGAGAACAGUGUGACUGGUACACCUCAGGCCGUAUUGUUUAAGGAACAUUUUGGAGGAACGACAGUGCAGCAGAUAAAAUCGCGAGAGUGUACGCACGUAUCUGAAAGGGAGGAUACCUUUUUUGUUAUACAAUGCGAAGUCAAGAAUAAAAGGAGCGUUGAAGAGAGCUUGCAACUCUAUGUUGAAGGAGAGAUUUUAGAUGGGG